AUGCGUCUCUCCGAGGCUUUGAUCGCCUCUUCGUUGGCCGCUCCUUUCGUCUCUGCCCAUGGCUCUCGUGGCAUACCGAAGAUCUGGGGAAUGGGGCCUGAUGUGAAGAGGGAGGCCUUUGGCCCGGUCGCACCGCGACAUGCUUCUUCUGGCUCUUUGAUGGCUAAGAGCUUUCCCAAGCGUCAAGAUAACAACAACAUCGACGGCCAGUGCGGCGCUGGUGCAGGAGGCGCAACCUGUGCCCCGGGAUACUGCUGCUCGCCUUCCGGAUGGUGUGGUAACACCCCGGAGUACUGCAAUGCCCCGGACUGCCAGAUUAAUUAUGGCCCCGGCUGCGAUGCCAACAAGGUGCCUAACGGCGACGACACCCGGACUGUUGCCCGCCCUAAGCUAGGAAAUGUGGACUACGGUAACGGUGGUCUUUACUCAUGCACUGAGCCCGGUACUGUUGCCAUUACCUAUGAUGAUGGCCCCUACAUUUACACCGACUAUGUUCUCGACCUCUUUGAGAAGUACAACAUGAAGGCUACUUUCUUCAUCACGGGUAUCAACAACGGCAAGGGUGCCAUUGAUGAUGCCUCCACUCAAUGGCCUGCCGUCAUCUCCAAGAUGUACGCUGCUGGUCACCAGGUCGCCAGCCACACAUGGUCUCAUCAAGAUCUUUCUGCCAUCACCCAAGAGCAGCGUAUCAACCAGAUGGUCCACAACGAGAUGGCCAUCCGCAACAUCAUCCAGAAGUUCCCCACUUACAUGCGUCCUCCCUACUCGUCUUGCGAUGAACCUUCCGGCUGCUGGAAGGAUAUGAAGGAUCUGGGAUACGUUGUCACUUACUUCGACAUCGAUACCGAUGAUUAUGACAACGACGACCCCAACAAGAUCCAGAACGCAAAGAACAACUUCAACAAGUACUUCCAGACCGACAACGUUGCCACGGACAAGUUCCUUUCCAUUGAACAUGACAUCCACGAGCAAACUGCUCACAACCUAACCGAGUACAUGCUCAAGAUCAUCCAGGACAAGGGUUACCGCGGUGUCACUGUCGGUGAGUGCUUGGGCGACCCAGCUGCGAACUGGUACCGUUCAUCCUCUGGCAAGAUCGUCACUUCGUCCUCUUCUGUUCCCACCGCCACCUCCUCCGCUGCUACUACCGCCACCCCGACAAAGGUGUCUACCGAUGCGACCUGCGGCGGCAACACUGGUUCCACGUGCCAGGGCUCCCAGUUCGGCAAUUGCUGCUCUCAAGCAGGCUGGUGCGGAACUACAACUGACCACUGCGGCACCGGUUGCCAGAGUCUCUUCGGCACCUGCGGCGGCGACGGAUCUUCGCUUGCUGUCUCUUCGAUCGUGAGCAGCGUUGCUGCUAGCGUUUCCUCUGCCGCCCCUGCAGCCAGCGCGACUGCCGUAUCAACUGACGGCCAGUGUGGUAACGGCAAGACCUGCAAGGGCUCCACCUUUGGUAACUGCUGCUCCCCGGCCGGCUGGUGCGGUUCCACUGAUGCAUACUGCGGCACUGGCUGCAACCCUCUCUUCGGUACUUGCACC